AUGGACUCCUCGGUCAGACUAGGUAAGCUUGUAUCGAUUAAAACCCAGAAACUAAGGGCGCGAUCUGCAGUGAGUCACAUCUCACUGCUACAUUUCCUUUUUGUAGAAAAUCUGCAAGAUCUCAUAUCAAUAGAAGCGAAAAGACGAGUCCCAGGAAGCAGUCUUGAAGAAGAAGAAGACAAAGACUUGGUCAUCGUGCCAGCGGACAAGGGGCGCUUCACGGUUGUGCUGGACAGGACAGACUACCUUCAAAAAGCCAAAGGUUUACUGGAGGACCGACAGUUCUAUGUCCCAUGUGCAACGAACCCUGUAAAAGCGCUGACACGCGAAAUCAAUGCUAUGUUGUUGGCCUUGGAGAACUCAGGUGCAAUAACACCAACCGACAGACGCAUGGCGAGACCCCAAGAUACGGCUUUGGCCCGAUUCUAUGGCCUCCCUAAGGUGCACAAAGACGGCGCUCCUCUCCGACCCAUCGUGUCGCUCAAAGGGACUCCAACGUACGGACUGGCUAAGUGGCUGUUCCGGCGUCUCAAGUUCCUGACCGCUGAGUCAGACACCACGGUCUCUUCGUCAGCACAAUUCCUGGAGAAACUCAAAGGGGUAAGCAUUCAUCCAAAUGAGGUCAUGGUAUCUUUUGAUGUUACAUCCCUUUUUACUUCUAUUCCCCAGGACCUAGCGAUCGAGACAAUUGAACUGCUACUACAAAGCAAAUACGAUGAAACGGAGAACCGUCUUGGACACGCCCAAAUCCUUCAGCUCCUGAAGCUCUGUCUCAGGACGUACUUCACGUUCAACGGGACAAUCUACGAACAGGUGAAGGGCACACCAAUGGGUUCGCCGAUUUCGGGAUUCAUCGCCGAGGCGGUCCUGCAACGGUUAGAAUCGCUGGUCUUCCAACACCACAGACCGAAAUUCUGCGCCCGGUAUGUGGAUGACACCUUCGUCGUCAUCGAACGGGAUCAGGUGUUGACAUUCCAAGAACAUCUCAACGCCGUCUUCCCGGACAUUCAAUUUACGAUGGAGGAGGAAGAGAACAACCAGCUGGCCUUCCUGGAUGUCCUCGUAUGCCGCAAGGAUUGUGGUGGACUAAAGACCAAAGUGUUCAGGAAAGCGACAAAUACGAUGCAAGUACUGAACUUCAACAGUAACCACCCAAUCAGCCACAAACGCAGUUGUGUAAGGACGCUCUAUCGGCGUGUCGAAACGCACUGCAGUGAGCCGGAAGACAAAAUUGCCGAACUACAAUACCUCCGACGGGUCUUCAAAGCCAAUGGCUACCCGCGCAACUUCGUCGACCGGUGCAUACGCAAAAGGGACGAAAGGCCUAACCGCACGGACACCAAAUCUUGGCGGGCACUUCCGUAUGUGAAGAACGUUUCGGAAGCUGUCGGCCGUCUUCUCGCACCACUUGGGGUUGGAGUGGCACCCAGACCGGAGGCAGCCAUCAGGCGUCUGAUCAUGAAACCGAAAGACCCACUGCCACGGCUAGAAACGUCUGGAGUCGUUUAUCGGAUCUGGUGCAGUUGCGGACAAAGCAACUACGUCGGAGAAACCGGAAGACAGCUCCGAACGAGAAUGGCCGAACACGCGGCAGCGGUGCGGAGAAAUGACGCCAGCUCUCAAUUUGCGGCUCAUUCGACGGGUUCCGGCCACACAUUCAAAUUUGACGAGGCCGAAAUUCUCGCAAGAGGUGACAACCGCGUGGGCCGGGAGCUGCUUGAGUCAUGGUUCACUGGCCCCCAGUCUAUUAACAAGUGCAAUGAUCUUCCCAUUCAAUACAGCGUGCUGAGACUUCGUUUAAGCGGAGAAAUUGGCCACGCGGGGAGCGCCCUGAUGAACACCCGGGUCAGCGCGUCAGAUGGUCGAGCAAUCAUCACACCAACAUCCAACGCACGUGAUGAAAUUGCAGCAAUUAACGACGCGAAUAUCGGCCAUCACGCCACGUGCAACGAUCCCUGA